AUGGGUUGUAAAAGUGAAGAAUCUCAAAGUGCUUCACAAUUGCAAGUGCCGACAACACGUCAUCCUCAGUGCAAUAAACGUUACACAUUUUAUUAUUCCUGGAAUAUCAAAAAUACUGGAAAAAUCAGUUUAACUAACAAAUCCUGUCUCAAGCAUAAAGAAAUUUUCAUCAAUUUGUCUAGUAAAGUUGUUAAUAAGUUUGUAGUUAAAGCUUCAAUGAGAUAA